AACACGAAAGUCAAAUGAAUUAAUCUCUGUUUACCAAUACUCGAAACCAAACAGACAAAUUUCAACCCCGUUCUCUACUCUCUCUUCAUUCUUCUUCAACUCAAACCUCAUCCCAAAUCUCAACUAACUAACAAACCAUUGACUCUGUCUCUGUGUGCAGACAAGUUCCAUCAACAGCUUCAGUUUACCGAUGGAGUUUUUCCAACGAGCAAAAGCAGUUCGUCUCCGAAGCCACCACGACAAAUACCUCCACGCAGAAGAUGACGAAGAAUCCGUCAACCAAGAAAGAAACGGAUCAUCCAAAAAUGCAAAAUGGAUCGUCGAACUCAUACCCGAAUACGACAACAUAAUCCGACUCAAAAGCUGUUACAACAAAUACUUAACGGCGUCAAACCAACCGUUACUUCUAGGCGUCACGGGCCGUAAGGUUGUUCAAACGAUGCCACGUAGACUCGAUUCUUCUGUUGAGUGGGAACCUAUAAGAGACGGUGCGCAGGUUAAGCUUAAAACUAGAUACGGUAAUUUUCUUAGAGCUAAUGGUGGUUUACCACCUUGGAGAAAUAGUGUGACUCAUGAUAUUCCUCAUAGGAGUUCUACUCAGGAUUGGAUUCUUUGGGAUGUUGAUGUUCUUGAGAUUCAGAUUGGAAAUCCUACUCCUCCUCCUAUUCCUCACUCUGAUUCUCUUGAUUUUGAAUCUUCUACUCCUUCUUCUCCUUCACUCCAUUCUCAUCGCUUUUCUAGACAAGAGUCAACGGAUAGUGUUGGUUCACCGCCGAAGAUGGAGGGGAGAACUAUAUACUAUCAUGUUGCUGAGGAUAAUGGAGAUGUGGAUGAUGAGAAUGUGCAGGGAUAUUCCUUGGUCUUUAAUGGCAAUGACGUUGAGCAGUUGACUCGUAAGUUUGCGGAAGAAACAGGACUCGAUGGAGUUAUUGUGUGUAGUCGAAGUCCUUUGAAUGGAAAACUUUACCCUCUUCGCUUGCAUCUUCCUCCAAACAAUGUGACCAUGCAGGUUGUUUUGGUCCUUCCCUCCUCAAAAGUUGCAAAAGAAUUUGAAGAACAAGGUUUACUGUGACAAGCUAGAUCUGCGGAGUCUUGAACCUAUUAAAGUGGAACACCAAUGUACAUUGUUACCCAAUUGGGUUUCAAAUUCUAUUUUAUAACAUUUGAAUAUAUGUUGCAAAACUCCACCUUGCUGGGGACCGAGUCAGUUGGAGAUGGUAGUCUUUGUUAUUGGCUGCCUCUUUAUUUUUAAUGCUAGCUUUGGAUUUGGGUCCCGUAUUGUUUCUAUAACUUGUAAUCUUUUUUGUAGUUUUCUGUUUUUCAUUAUAUUUUUAGGUAUAUCUCUUGUUUGGAGAACUAGAGAUCUUUUAUGAGAAAACUAGUCCAUGUAUUUUUUCAGUCAGAUAAAAAUAUCAGAAAUUAGGUAACUUUUUUUUAAUUAGAAA